UACAUGGGAACGAAAAUAUGUUUUUAGGAAUAGUUUCUAAUGACAACUUUGAAAGAAACGUAAAAUCUUUAAAUAGUGCUUACGAACAGUAUGUACUUAGCGUUGGAGAAUUCGAUGAAAGGAUUUUAUUAAGCAAUCCUAAUUAUCGUAAAGUAAACAGUUCUGAUGUAGGCGACGAAAGCCUUUCUGUAACAAACCCUCAGACGCCAUACACUCGUAAGCAUAUUUUACCAAACAAAGAAGACUUUUCUGAACCAGUUGCAAGUGCAACUAAUAAUGUAAAAAAAUUGAAGGAUAUCGCCCAAAUAUCCGAGCCAACUGAUUUUAUAAG